AUGGGGGACGGGCCGCCCGCCGGGGCCGCGCAGCUCCUGCUCCGGGCCUGCGAGCGCGGGGACGCCGACGGGGCGCGGAACCUGCUGGACGCCGCCGCCACGGGGGGAGGAGGGUCCGGGGGGUCCGGGGGGUCCGGGGCAGGAGGGUCCUUGGGCGGGGUGGACUGCACGGACGAAGCCGGGAACAGCCCGCUGCAGCUGGCCGCCGCCGGGGGCUUCGAGCCGCUGCUGCGCUUCCUGCUCCGCCGGGGCGCCGCCGUCGACCGCCGCAACCACUACGGCUGGAGCCCCCUCAUGCAGGCCGCCAGGUUUGGGCAUCUCAACGUGGUGCACUUACUGUUGGAGCACGGGGCCGACGUCAACGCCCAGAACCGGCUGGGAGCCAGCGUGCUCACCAUGGCGUCCCGCGGGGGCCACGUCAGCGUGGUGAAGCUGUUGCUGGAGACGGGGGCGUUGGUGGACGGCCACGACCCCUCCUCUGGCGGCGCGGCCCGGGACGGCGGUCCCCCCGGCCCCCCGGACGUGACGGCCCUGAUGACGGCCGCGCAGCACGGCCACGAAGCCGUCGUCCGCCUUCUGGUGGACUGGGGCGCGGACGCCAAUUACAGCGCCGGGACUAUGGGCUGGACCCCUCUGAUGCUGGCCGCCCUUCACGGGAGAGUGAGCGUGGCCCAGCUGCUGGUGGACAAGGGGGCCGAUCCCGACCACGUCGACGUGCUGGACAAAACCCCCUUCGAGAUUGCCCUGGACUUCAAACAGAAAGACAUGGUGGACUACCUGGAUUCCCUGACCACGAUUCGACCCAAAACCGAUGAAGAGAAAAGGCGGCCUGAUAUUUUUCACGCUUUGAAAAUGGGAAACUUUCAGCUCGUCAAGGAGAUCGCCGACGAAGACGCGAACCAAGUGAACAUCAUCAAUGCCGACGGGGCCUCUCCCCUGAUGUUUGCCGCCGUCACGGGCCAGCUGACGCUCGUCCAGCUCCUCGUGGAAAGAGACGCGGAUAUCGAUAAGCAGGACAACGUGCACGGGUGGACGGCACUAAUGCAGGCCACCUACCACGGAAAUAAGGAAGUUGUUACGUAUUUGCUAAACCAAGGAGCCGAUGUCAGUCUUCGAGCAAAAAACGGAUAUACGGCCUUUGACCUAGUGAUGCUGCUGAAUGAUCCUGAUACAGAACUGGUACGGUUGCUGGCAUCCGCCUGUAUGCAAGUCAACAAAGUCAAGGGCAAGCAGAAAUGCCAGUCGACUUUGACUCGUUCCAGGAGUAGACAGUCCUUAAGUGCCCCGAUAUUACCUGAUGACAAGGGAGGUUUGAAGUCAUGGUGGAAUAGGAUGUCCAAUCGAUUCCGCAACCUGAAGCUGACGCAGACGUUGCACCGUGGGUUUUCCAGUAAUCAGCCCGGACCCUUUCCUGGUGAGUCCGAGCCUGUCUUGGACUCCACGAUGAGAGCCUUCUCCAAGGAGGGAACGGGUCACUUCGCAAGCCCGGAUUCCGCCGUCCCCGGAACCACCAAAAGCAAAGAGAAUGGGCCUAGCGCCUUGAGAGCCGACAAAGAAGACACCCUGCUGACGACCAUGUUACGAAACGGAGCUCCUUUCACCAGACUCCCCAGCGAUAAGCUGAAAGCCGUCAUUCCCCCGUUCUUACCGCCUUCCAACUUUGAGCUCGGACACUCGGACCGGACGAGGGCGAACAGAGAGGGCAAGGCUGAACCAGCGAAGACGGCAUUGCCCCAGAGAGGGGCUAAGCCCCUCCCGAACAGCCGGGGCAACUCAGACUCGACGUCUGUCAGUCGAGGAGCAAGGGCAGUUAAAUUUCCCGCCGUCUCGAGAAGUCCAGCUUCCUCCUCCAAUUCAGGCAACUUCAGCCCCUCCCCACAUUCUUCUGGGGGCUCCAACAGCACCGGCGGAGUCAACAGGCCCGGCGGCGAGCUGCAUAAUAGAUCAGGUGGCAGCGUAGAUAGCGUUUUGUCCCAAAUUGCAGCGCAAAGGAAAAAGGCAGCAGGAUUGUGUGAACAGAAAGCCAGUGUCCAGGAGAGUCCUGUCUGCCCAGCUCCUGGAUCCCACCUUGUCCUCCAGGAUCCUCAGACCGCCGGCAGCCCUACCUCCCUCAAGCCUCAGAAGUUGGAGGCAAACAGAAGGCCCCGGUCUGGAACCUCAUCCAACUCUAAAAGCACGUCUCCAACCCUCACUCCGUCCCCGUCCCCGAAGGGACACAAGGCAGAGUCUUCAGUGUCCUCGUCGUCCUCCCAAAGGCAGUCGAAGAGCAGUGGUGGAUCUAGCAGCGGGACCGUCACCGACGAUGAUGAAUUGACCGGAAUCCUCAAAAAGUUGUCCCUGGAGAAAUAUCAGCCCAUUUUUGAGGAGCAGGAGGUGGAUAUGGAAGCCUUCCUCACCCUUACUGAUGGGGAUCUGAAAGAGCUGGGGAUUAAGACCGAUGGAUCCAGGCAGCAAAUCCUGACAGCCAUUUCCGAACUGAACGCUGGCAAGGGACGCGAGAGACAAAUCUUACAGGAAACUAUUCACAACUUCCACUCUUCCUUUGAGAGUAGCGCCAGCAAUACCAGAUCGCCUGGAAACUUGCAAUCCCCAGCUUACUGGACGAGACCUCAGGAACCUGCCUCCAGUAAGAGAUAGCCGGGGCAUCCUGGCAUCAUUUAAGGAACAGAGGGAUGGGCAAGGAUCCCCGGACGACUUGGGUCGGUACCAGCUCAUCAGUGCGGAGGGCAGGAACAGCAACAUCACAGCUGACCGGGGCCAAGAGUCACCACAGGUUACCCGCCCUGGGGGGUGAGGAGCGGCAGGCCGUGGGGCCGAAAAGGCCCGGGGACCGCAGACAUGGCUGGGAAGCCAGAGCCGGGAGUUAGAACCUCCCACACACGGGAAGGAAGAUUGUUUCUGACAAAUGCUCCCCCUCAGAGCGAAACCUGGCAGGCGGUAAAGAGGGUUAAUGGACGUGAGGGCUCCGGCGAAUGAAAAAUGCUGUUGAGGUGUGGAAGUCAAUCAGACCUAAUGUUCAGAGGUUUUGAGAUGGUAUCCUCCUAGCUAGUACUGGGCGAAUCAUAAAGUCACUCCCUUCUCCAGUGCUGGGCUACUUAGUCAUCCCUGGGAAGAUGGGUUUAGUUUCCAGUUCCCUCGGCCUUCCGGGUUCUUUCCUACCUACCAAGCUCGGCCCUGGUUCAUCCCUGGGCCUCCAGGCCUACUGGAGAUCACUCUGAUUGCCUCCUGGUCCUCUUUACUUGCCCAAUUCUCCCCAAAUCCUUAGGGCUCCCCUGGUCAGUCCUGGGCCGGGCGUCCAGCGGCCUCUGACACGGCAGCGUGGUUCACUACCCUCAGAUCUGCCGGUCAUCGAGGGUCCCCGGGGGCAACCUCUGCGGCAAACAGAGCAUCUUCCUCCAAUUUUGCGAAGCAGCAUGGCCUAGCGGCUACAGCCUGGGCCUGGGGAGUCAGA